GGGUGGCCUGGGCGGGUUCGUGUUAUCAGUAAAGGCCCGGACUGAGUGCGGCAUAGUGACAGCACCGCCGGCAGCACCAGGUUUUUAUUCCGAUUUGGGAAGUCUAAUAUGCCAAAAAUGGGUGAAUAAUUUAUAAGGAUCUGUGAAAUGACAAAAUAGGAAGUCAGGAUCAUGGGACAGAAGAAGAAGCCAUGUCCCCGCUUGCUGGAUUACCUUGUAAUCGUUGGUGCCAGACAACCGAGCAGUGACAGUGUUGCUCAGACCCCAGAGCUUCUUCGGCGUUACCCACUUGAAGACUUCCCUGAAUUUCCUCUGCCCCCUGAUGUGGUAUUUUUCUGUCAACCAGAAGGAUGCCUGAGUGUUCGGCAGAAACGUAUGAGCCUAAGGGAUGACACCUCGUUUGUCUUCACACUUACCGAUAAAGACAGUGGAGUCGUCCGCUAUGGAAUCUGUGUUAAUUUCUACCGCUCCUUCCAGAAACGUAUCCCAAAGGACAAAAGCAGAAAGCCACCCAAACCAGCACCAGAAAAUGUGUGUGAGGGCAGUGAUGGAGGACAUUCCUUGCAGACUGCAAGUGCAGAAUCCACCCCUGAUGUCAACCAUUCCCCUCGUGGGACACGUCUGUCUAAAGGAGUCCAACGAUCUCGGAACAGCACCCUAACUUCACUUUGUAUUAUCAGUCAUUAUCCAUUCUUCUCCACCUUCCGGGAGUGCUUGCACACAAUCAAACGGCUGGUGGACUGCUGCAGUGACAGGAUGGUCAGCAAGAAGGCUGGGAUCGCAAAAGGUGUACAGAGAGACACCAUGUGGAGGAUCUUCACUGGCUCUCUGCAACUUGAGGAAAAGUCUAAUGUUCUACUGCAUGACCUCCGUGAAAUUGAAGCCUGGAUCUAUCGCCUGCUGCGCUCCCCUCCCCCAGUGCCAGGACAGAAACGUGUUGAUGUAGAGGUCCUGCCCUUGGAACUCCAGCCAUCCUUGACCUUUGCCCUCCCUGAUCCCUCACGGUUUUCACUGGUUGACUUCCCACUUCAUUUGCCUUUGGAGCUUCUGGGAGUAGAAGCCUGCCUCCAGGUUCUGUCCUGCAUUAUGUUGGAACAUAAGGUGGUUAUGCAGUCCCGGGACUACAAUGCUCUGUCAAUGUCAGUAAUGGCAUUUGUGUCUAUGAUUUAUCCGUUGGAAUACAUGUUUCCUGUAAUUCCCCUGCUGCCUACAUGCAUGGCUUCAGCUGAACAGUUGCUGCUGGCGCCCACCCCAUACAUCAUUGGGGUCCCUGCAAGCUUUUUCCUCUACAAGUCUGACUUCAGAAUGCCAGAUGAUGUGUGGUUGGUGGAUCUGGACACUAAUAAGGUUCUUGCCCCCAGUAAUGCUGAGAUACUCCCUGUAUUACCAGAACCAGAGGCAUCAGAACUCAAAAAGCAUCUUAAACAGUGUCUGCACAGCAUGUCCGUGAUCACGCAGCAGCGCCUUCUCGCCUCAGAUAACAAGGCCCUAGCCAGCAUGAGUCUGAACACCCAACCCAUCCUCAAUCUAGAUAGAUUCCACGAAGGAACUGAUUCAACACUAUUACGAGGUCCGCACGAUGCGCAAGGCACACCCUCUACAGAAUUCAAUCCCUUAAUAUAUGGAAAUGAUGUUGAUUCUGUGGAUGUAGCUACACGGGUUGCCAUGGUUCGGUUCUUUAACUCCCCCAACAUGCUACAUGGAUUUCAGAUGCACACGCGCAUCUUACGCCUCUUCCCUCGCCCUGUGGUGGCAUUCCAGUCCUCCUCCUUCCUUGCUUCACGCCCCAAGACUUGGAGUUUUUCAGAGAAACUCUCCAAAACGCAGGCUGUGGAAUACUUUGCUGAAUGGUCUUUGAAUCCCACUAACUUUGCCUUUCAAAGGAUUCACAACAACAUGUUUGAUCCAGCUCUGAUCGGGGAUAAACCCAAAUGGUAUGCUCACCAGCUCCAGCCCAUUCACUACCGGGUGUACGAUGCAAACUCACAGCUUGCUGAUGCAUUGAGUGUCCCUGUGGAGCGUGAUAGUGACUCUGAACCUACCGAUGACAGUGGCAGUGAUAGUGUGGAUUAUGACGACUCCAGCUCCUCAUACUCUUCUCUCGGAGACUUUGUCAGUGAGAUGAUGAAAUGUGAUAUUAACGGCGACACGCCAAUUGUGGACCCGCCUGAGCACGCAGCCCUUGGUGAUGCCAGCGAGGUGGAGUUUGAUGACUUCCAAGAGUACUCUGGGGAGGUAGAAGAUUCUGCGCAAGACAGUGAAAACUCCCCCGAUAACAACCACCAACGCUCUGGAUCUAGCACCACUGCCAGUAGCAGCCCCAGCACAGUCAUUCAUGGGGUAAACACGGAAUCCACUGACUUAACGGAGACAGAUGAGAAGGUCCUAGGAGGAUUGCAGAAUCACUUGCCGGCUCUGCCACCCUCGUUCAACCGCUUGGUUAUGGAGAGGCGAGAGAGUGAAGCGUCUGUUGGAACUGUGGGGGAGACUCGGAGAAGGGAAUAUGAUAACCCCUACUUUGAGCCACAGUAUGGAUUUCCCCCCGAAGAGGAGAGUGAGGACAGAGAGGAGAGUUAUACCCCCAUGUUUGCCCAGAAUAUUAAUGGAACACGCUCCCAGAAGCCUCUGCUCCGUCCCAGCAGUCUUAAGCUUCCAAGUGAUUCCGAUGCAGAGACCGAUUCCAGAGGGAGCUCCCCAACUUCAACUGUGUCAAAUGCCAGCAGCAAUAAUGAGGGCUUUGGAGGAAUCAUGUCAUUUGCAAGUAACCUGUACAAAAGUCACAGCAGUACUUUCAGCUUGUCCAGUCUGACCCUGCAAAGCAAGAGUGGACGAGAUAAGGCGACCCCCUUUCCCAGCUUAAAAGUAUUUGGGCUUAAUACUAUAAUGGAGAUAAUUGCAGAUUCCGGGCCUGCCCCUACAGAAGCCAGUAACAGACGUGCGCUGGUAGAUCAGAAAUCAUCAGUCAUCAAACACAGUCCAACAGUCAAAAGAGAAUCUCCGUCUCCUCAAGGACGAGCUAACAACUCCAGUGAGAACCAGCAAUUCCUGAAGGAAGUGGCAUUGAGUGUCCUGGAUGGACAGGGAGUAGGCUGGCUAAACAUGAAGAAAGUACGGCGCUUGUUGGAGAGCGAGCAACUCCGCGUCUUUGUGCUGAGCAAACUGAACAGGUCCAUCCAGACAGAGGAGGACAAUCGGAAUAAUGUCAUCCCAGAAGUGGAGAUCAACAAGAAGGUCUACAAGGGGAUGCUGGAUUUAUUGAAGUGCACAGUGUCCAGUCUGGAGCAGUCAUAUGCCAAUGCUGGGCUGGGUGGCAUGGCAAGUGUCUUCAGUCUGUUGGAAAUAGCGCACUCCCACUAUUACAACAAAGAACCUGAGAAAAGGAAAUCAAGUCCUUCUGGAGAUGGCGCUGUUACCCCUAUGUCUAGGGAUCCUGUUUCUGCCCUGAGGGGAGAACUUCGGCCUACCCCCCAACUACCUGCACAGCAGUUGUUACCCCGCCAAACUAGCCCUGCAGGCAAAGGGGCCCGAGAGUUUGACACCCGGAGUCUUAAAGAAGAGAAUUUUGUGGCUUCAAUUGAGUUGUGGAACAAGCACCUGGAAGUGAAAAAGCAAAAAUCUAUGGAAAAACAGAGUACAGAGCAGGCUAAACAUUUCUUUGACAUCGGGGACCCAGAGGAGAAGAGGUCUCAGAUCAGUGCAGACAGUGGUCUGAGUGUUACCUCAGGAUCUCAGAAGAGUGACAUAGAUGGUAGCAGUGUGACACCUUCAAUUCUGAUCCGAAGUAGCAGCCAGGAUUCGGAACUCAGCACAGUGGUGAGUAACAGCUCAGGGGAAACCAUGGGAGCUGACAGCGAUUUGAGCAGCAAUGCUGGAGACACGUUGGGAGGAGCUGGUGGAGGCCACCUCUCCGGAUCCAGCGGAGCUGUAUCGGACAGUGAAAUCCAGAUGAACUCAAACACCGGAGCUAUAUUUGGGAAAUCUCAGUUACUGCGUCCAGGUGAGAAGGAGAUCAUUGUUAGUCCGGGACGCCCACCUCAAGACCUGAGUCUGCGUAUCUAUCUAUAUGAAGGCCUGUUAGGACGAGAUAAGGGCUCAGUCUGGGAUCAGCUGGAAGAGGCAGCCAUGGAAACCUUCUCGCUGAGCAAAGAGAGGUCCACUUUGUGGGACCAGAUGCAAUUUUGGGAAGAUGCUUUCCUUGAUGCUGUCAUGUUGGAGAGGGAAGGCAUGGGUAUGGAUCAAGGACCCCAGGAGAUGAUAGAUCGAUACUUCUCCCUCGGUGAUCAUGACCGUAAACGUCUUGAGGAAGAUGAAGAUCGUCUCUUGGGAACUCUACUGCACAACAUGGUAUCCUACAUGGUGAUGAUGAAGGUGAAUAAGACAGAUCUCCGGAGGAAGGUCAGGCGUCUCCUCGGAAAAUGUCACAUUGGCCUAGUUUACAGCCAAGAGGUCAACGACCUCCUGGACAAAGUGACCAAUUUGAAUGGCCGCGAGUUAAACGUUCGCCCAAGCGGAAGCCGUCACAUUAAGAAGCAAACAUUUGUGGUGCAUGCUGGGACAGACACAAGUGGGGACCUUUUCUUUAUGGAGGUCUGCGAUGACUGCAUCGUACUGCGCAGUAACAUCGGAACAGUGUAUGAACGCUGGUGGUACGAGAAACUCAUUAACAUGACCUACUGUCCCAAAACAAAAGUGCUGUGUCUGUGGAGGAGGAAUGGACAGGAAACACAACUCAACAAGUUCUUCACUAAGAAGUGUCGAGAGCUGUAUUACUGUGUAAAGGAAAGUAUGGAACGAGCUGCAGCGCGGCAACAGACUAUUAAACCAGGCCCAGAGCUUGGUGGGGAGUUCCCUGUUCAGGAUAUGAAGACUGGAGAAGGGGGGCUCCUGCAAGUUACCUUGGAAGGAAUUAACCUGAAAUUCAUGCACAGUCAGGUUUUCAUACAGCUGAAUCACAUAAAAAAGUGUAACACUGUACGGGGUGUCUUUGUCCUGGAAGAAUUUGUUCCUGAAACUAAAGAAGUGGUGAGCCAUAAAUACAAGACCCCCAUGGCCCACGAAAUCUGUUAUUCCGUCCUUUGUCUCUUCUCCUACGUGGCGGCCGUCAGAGGGAAGGAAGCAGAGAUAAAGAGCAGACCCCCGCGACCUGUGUCCAGCUGACCUACCCUUUACCAACACAACCUUGGAACACAUAUUACUCCCUGUUGCCCCCUCCCACGAGCCGGUUCUGCUGACCACUGCUACCUGGGUUUGCUGUUGAUGACAUUCCCUCCUGUAUUGACUACUCAGCAUCACUAUUGCUUUAGUGUUGUGUGCUUUGUGUGUUACUGGCGUCUGUGCAAGGACUACAGCUCAGCUCUUCCAGACUCACGUGUUCUCUCUUUCCAUGGUUCCCCCAACCCCCUUCCUCCCUUUACUCAAGAUCUUAUUGUGUAUUAGUGUUAUUUGUGCUGACUGGUAGCAUAUAGAGUCACAUAAGGCUGCUUUAGGGCGAGAGAGGGAAACCGCAGGCUUUGCCCUGACACCUGCGCGCACACACCCUGCGUCUCUGCUCUGAAUGGUUAAUCCACUACAGAAUACCCACCUGCUCGCUCGGCAGUAUCUUCCUGGGUUCCCUGGGAACUUAGUGGGUUAACAUUGGCUGCUGAUUUUGAAGUAGAUUGGGACCCACAUGGUGCGCUUUGUAAAUAUUCAUUACAUAAAUCCACCAGCUGUCCCUAUCCCUCGCACUGCCCGCAGCUUUAUGGGCACCGAGAUGUAAAUAUCCAGGUCUUUCUUAUUUAUAGAAAUCUGUACAGUUCCUGAAUGUGCAAUAAACAUGCAUCUUGAUGCUU